CCAUUUUCUCAUUCCUCACCUACUUAAUACUCAACAUCCUCUAGAUACCCAUAAGCUCUUUGAGCUCCCACUACCAUGUCCCAGCACUCGAGAAGGACGUCCUUCUCCAUCCAGGCCAACGCGCCACUUACACCCGUCGUCCCCCUCGGCCCAGAAUCAGAGGAAUGGAUUGACGAGUGGUCCAAGGUGAACGCCAAAGACCUCAUUGAUUCGCGCAUCGUCGAUGUCAACGCGGAUACCAGUGUCGAGGACGCCUGCGACCGGCUUCUGUCCGAAAAGAUCCCGUGUCUCGCCGUCAAGUCACUCCCAGACGGUUCCUCUGAUUCGCCGUACCUCGGCCUGUUCGAUUUCUCAGACGUCAACGCAUUUCUUGUAUUUGCCGCCACAAGGCAUACGAUGGCCCCAGAAGACCUCAAGUCGACGCCCCGAGUCGACCAAAUCGUGUCUGCGGCCCGAGACGGCCACGUGCCGGUGCACCUUGUCAGCAACAUGUCCGAGAAAAACUACCUCGAGACACUCCCCCACGACGCGAACCUCAUCUCCCUUCUCGGCGUCUUUGCGCGCGGUGCACACCGCGUCCUCAUCCAAUCUCCCGACCCAUCCUCCUUCCUCGGCAUCGUCUCCGACCGCACCCUCCUCGCCUGGUUCUCGUCCUUUGCAGAGCGCUCGCCCUCGUUCACCGCCUACCUCACCAACUCGCUGCACGCGCUCUCGCUCCCCACGCUGCACAUGUACACGUCCGUCGUCGCGACGUCGUCUACGGCGUCUGUGCUCGACGCGAUGCGCCUCAUGAGCGAGCAGGGCGUGAGCUCGGUCGCGGUACUCGAUGAGGAGCACGGGACGCUGUUGAGUGCUGUUAGUGUGACGGAUAUUGGUAAGAUUGUGGUGCCUUCUGAGAGUAAUCAGAUUCUGUCGACGUCUUUACAGCAGUUUAUCACGCAUAUUAAGGAGCCGUUUGGUUCCAAAGAUGGCGCAGAAGUGUAUCCAGUAUACGUCGUGUUCCCAACGAGUAACCUCUCGUAUACCAUCCAGAAGAUACUUGCCACCAACUCACACCGUCUUUUCGUCACCGACGAAGUCUCCUCGCCCAACGCCAUCGGCACCCCGGGCUGCAGCCUCUGCGGGAUCGUUUCCAUCGUUGAUGUUCUAUCCCUCUUCGCACGCAUCGCCCACCUCGACGUCGACCCCACCCGGCGCCAGCGCCACCGGCGCGCCUCCUCGUCCUCGUCGUCCUCGCACUCGAGCCUCAGCGGCAGCGGUAGCCUGAGCGGGAGCGGCGUCCUCGCGUCGCCGUCGUCGCGCCACGCCCAUGUACACCCUCACCCGCACCCGCACGGACAUGGGUACUCGGGGGCAGGGGCAGGGGAGUUUGGACCGCGGUCGCGCUCGGGGAGCCGGACGAGUGUGGGCAGGAUGGGGAGUGUGAGUCCACGGGUGGUCGCUGUCGAUGCUGUUGCCGGGACUGGGACUGGGACUGGUGUUCCGGUGCCGGUGCAGGGGCAGGUGCCGGUGCCUGGGAGCGGGGGGCACAGGGCGUCGUUGUCGGGGUCGGGGCCUGGUGGGGAUGGGUUUGUGUUGUCGGGGUCGUGGAGCUCGAGGAAGGAGGGUUAGGCUAGGAGUUCUGGCCGCGGAGAUGCAGGUUAUUUUUGGGUUUGAGUUUGGGUUUGUGGUCUUGGGUUUUGUUACGGGCGGGAACAGGGGGGUUCUUGUGUGCUUUUGGUUUUGCGUUGCUCUGUUAAAGCUUUCUUCGUCUUCGUCUUUCUUUUAUGUUGUUCUUUUCUCUUUACCAAUCGUGUUACGGUGGACGCGCUCACAAUCAGAUGGUACAAUGUCAUGCGAAAGUUUUAGUCUGAUUGCAGAUUGUAUUUUAGAUCUAUCAUAUCGAAUGCUUUGUCACUCGUAUAAGCUAGUUGAAAUUUCUUGUAUUUCUCUUUGUUCCCUAUGUCCGUUGUCUUGAGCUUGCC